AUGUCCUUCUGCCUCGUCUCGGACGCGCGGCUGCACAUUCCCCCCCAUCACUUCCAGGCCUCCGCUGACACUCCCCCUUCCCCAUCCUUUCCCUUCCUCUCCCCUUCACCUCCCCCUACAGCGGUGGCCGUUCCCCCCGCGCGCCCCUAUCAGCAGCUGCGCCCGACGUCUUUCUGCCUCGUAUCCGACGCGCGCCUGCACAUCAACAUGCGCCUCACGGGGUACCUCGAUAACAACCGCUCCGAUAUAAUGGCCGCGCUCGUGGCCGGCGCUAAAGUGCGCACGUGGAUCAGGGAGCUUGGAUUCAUAUGGUGGGCCACUCAGGCAGGCGGAAGCGGAGCGCAACAUUCCCUUAGGCUGGUCGCGAGGCGCGGACCGAAGCAGGAGCGCGGCGACGGGUUCAUGGGGCGAAUCGAGGUGGAUGGAAUCGCGGUUCCGCGUCUGGGGUUGGGUGACGAGUUGAGCCUAUUCGAAGGAGAAGGCACCGUGACCUACACACGGCAGGAGAGGAGUGGCAACUUCGACGUGGAUGUGUACUCUGUGAAGCUCGCAGGGCUGCUGGAGGCAGAGGUCCGGCUUCGCCCAGCCCACCCAUUGCUUCAAGAAGAGGAGGACGCAGAGGUGCAUCUGAUGCUGGACCUUGGGAGUAUCCGGCACUCGCCCAGAGUGCAUGGCGUGGUGGGGCAGGCGUACCGAGAUGAAGGGUGA